GAUAAAACACCCAACGAAAACUUCAAGACCCUCCUUCCAUUUUUUUUUGCUCCUUUUAGGAAAUCCAUAACCAAAACACCCCUCAUUCAAUCAACCAAAAAACACACCACACAGAAAAAUGGCGCUGAGGAUGUGGGCUUCUUCUACAGCUAACGCUCUCAAGCUCUCUUGUGCAUCCAAAUCCAGCCUCUCUCCUGCUUUCUCCGUCUCCAGGUGCUUCUCCACAGUGUUGGAGGGACUGAAGUAUGCAAAUUCACACGAGUGGGUGAAACAUGAAGGCUCUGUGGCUACCAUUGGCAUCACUGACCAUGCCCAGGACCAUCUAGGUGAAGUGGUGUUUGUGGAGCUGCCAGAUGAAAAGAGUUCAGUGAACAAAGACAAACCCUUUGGAGCAGUGGAGAGUGUUAAAGCCACAAGUGAAAUCAUUUCCCCAAUCUCCGGUGAAGUCAUUGAAAUCAACACAAAACUCGGCGACUCACCUGGCUUGAUCAACUCAAGCCCCUAUGAAGAUGGUUGGAUGAUCAAAGUGAAGCCAAGCAGUCCCUCGGAGUUGGAAUCCUUGAUGGGUCCAAAGGAGUACACCAAAUUCUGCGAGGAAGAAGAUGCUUCUCACUAGGAUUUCUCCAGUCUUUUACCUUCCCAAUGCCCUAAAAAGAAGACAAAUAUGAAAAUGAGAAAAAAAACACGCACUGGUUGAUUACAAGUUCAAUCUAUCAAUUCUCAUGUUUCUUUCCUUUC